AUGUCUAGCUCGGCAGAAGAAAUAGCCGAGAGACGGCGUAUAGCCAUUGAAAGACUAAAUGCUCGUCGAAGGCUUAACGACAAUCAAGCGAAUACCACGAAACCCAUCAUCUCCGCAAGCAGUGCAGUUAGUAAUGGCUCGCCUGUUGUACAAAAUAACCAAACCACUUUAACCAUACGGACGUUUUAUGGUACAAAUAAUCAAUCUUCUUUCGGCAAAGCGAAACCUUCCUUUCAAACUCAGCAUGCUCCUCGAAUGCCAUAUGCUAAACCUGUCCAGAAAAAUAUUACAUCUAAAGUGGCCCCCAUUUUUGUCCGAACGGUUACAUGUGCUUGUUCGCUGGUUUCGGAAACGCGAUUUGUUGUUGAAACAAAUGGAUUCAAUGAACAGAUGGUUGAAGUGUUCAAGCAAAUUCCCUCGAAAAGCUAUGAAGCUGAUUCAAAGAAAUGGAAUUUUGAUAUCAAAGAUUACAAAACACUUCAGGAACGGAUCGCCACCCUUCACCCAUCUGUUGUUUUAGGUCCGAUACCUACGUUUGUUUUCCGCAUCUUUGCCGACGGGCCGAAGCCACCAUUGAGUCGUGUUUGUCUCAACGCAAUUGAGCCAUCGCUAGUGAACAGACUGCUUGAUUUCCAAAAAGAAGGUGUUGCUUUCGGUAUUGAUAAAGGUGGCCGCGUGCUUAUUGCCGACGAAAUGGGUCUCGGAAAAACAUAUCAAGCAAUCGCGAUGGCCGAUUUCUAUCAACAAGAUUGGCCAUUGUUGAUCUGUACAACCGCUUCUACUCGCGAUAGUUGGGGAGACAAGAUGCGCGAGCUGCUUCCUCAUAUAGCCGCCCAUCACAUAGCUGGGCUGAACAGUGGACAGGAUUCAAUCGAUAACUGUCGUGUACUAAUAUCGAGUUAUUCGAUGAUGGAACGAUGCGCCGACAAACUGAUUAAUCGAAACUUUGGAAUGCUAAUUUUCGAUGAAUCACAUACAUUAAAAAACUUUAAAGCGAAAUGUACCACCGUAGCUUUGGCGCUGGCUAAGAAGGCACGUCGAGUGGUUCUGCUAUCGGGAACACCUGCGCUGUCUCGUCCUGUAGAACUUUUCACGCAACUGCAGAUGCUCGAUACAAAGUUCUGCAGUUUUAAAGAAUAUAGUGCACGAUACUGCGCCGGAAAGCAGGGUAAUUUUGGAUGGGAUUCAUCGGGGCAGUCAAAUCUUACGGAACUGAAUCUCCUCCUUGGACGAAAAUUUAUGAUCCGCCGCACCAAGGACGAAGUAAUAACCGAACUAACGGAGAAGAAUCGGGAGACGGUCGUGCUUGAUCCGUCCUAUCUGUGGACGAAUGAAGAUUUAGAGGAUAACAUGCAUUCCUACGCAAAUGAUUACAGCACAAGCAAGGGUCGGCAAAAAGAAGAGGCGCUUUUAAAAUAUUACAGUGUAACGGGCGAAGCAAAAGCUCCGGCAGUCUGUGCCUACCUGAAAGAAGUUGUUAAAGAGAAAAAGAAGUUUAUUGUGUUCGCCCAUCAUCACUUUAUGCUCAAUGCCAUAGGUAAAUGUCUCACAAAGCAAAAAGUGGACUAUAUUCGAAUCGACGGUACAACCAGAUCGGAUCAGCGGGGGCUGUUGAUUGAAAAAUUUCAAACCAAAAGCACCUGCCAGGUGGCGGUUUUGUCGUUGAAAGCCUGUAAUGCAGGCAUCACGCUCACCGCAGCACAAUUGGUGCUAUUUGCCGAGCUCGACUGGAAUCCAAGUACUCUGGCUCAAGCCGAAAGUCGCGCUCAUCGCAUCGGUCAAGUAGACAACGUUACCGUGCGCUAUCUUCUGGCGAAAAAAACUGCCGAUGACAUCAUCUGGGCGAUGCUGCAACGGAAACAGGAAACGUUAGGCAGAGCUGGGCUGUGUAAUGAAAAUUUUUCCGAUGCAGCCAGCGUGCAAGCGCCAAGCGAUGCGGGAAAUAUAGAGCACUAUCUCAACAAGACUGUUUCCCCAGGCAAGUCAAACUUGGGAACGUUAGAUAGUUUCGUCGUGCGUUCCAGUCCUGUUACGAGUUGCGUUGUGAAACCCCACGAGGAAUCAAACCUUGCACAUUUUCUUAUUUCGGAUGAUGAAGAUGAAGAGUUGGCUGCGUUGGAGUUAUGAGUUAGCUGUAAAUAAAUUUAU